CAAACCUGCUGACAAGACACAGAAAACUUUUCUCCACCGAGAAAUCUUCCACCGUCACAAUGGGUCACGCUGCAGGUCUCCGCGCUGGCACUCGCUAUGCCUUCUCUCGCGACUUCAAGAAGAAGGGUAUGAUCGCUCUGUCGACCUACCUCAAGCAAUACAAGGUCGGCGAUAUCGUUGAUGUCGUUGCCAACGGUGCCGUGCAGAAGGGCAUGCCAUACAAGGUCUACCACGGAAAGACUGGUGUCGUCUACAACGUCACAAAAUCCGCCGUCGGUGUCAUCCUCUACCGCCAGGUCGGCAACCGCUACAUCGAGAAGCGCAUCAACGUCCGUGUCGAGCACGUCCGCCACUCCCGAUCCCGAGACGAGUUCCUUGCCCGUGUCAAGACCAACGCCGCUGCGAAGCGCACCGCAAAGGAGACUGGCGAGCGCGUCUACCUCAAGAGACUGCCUGCCCAGCCAAGAGAGGCACGAACUGUCUCUGCCAAGGACAACAAGCCGGAGAACGUGGCACCGAUCGCAUACGAGACCACCAUCUAGAGCAUUCGAGCAUGGGUUUUGGCGCUAUUAUGUGGACACGGUGUGGAAAUGGCUUUUCGCGGCGGGUUGUUAUGAGAUGGACGAAUCGCGCGGCUGAUUGAAUGCUGUGGAAUCGAUCGGACCUGGCCUCUUUUCUCUUUCUCUCCGUAGCAAGCGAAUCGACUGUGCUUGAGGGACAAGAUCAGACAAAAGACAGAAAGCGAUUUUCUUACCAAACAUUGCAUCCGUCCAUCAUCAACGAGGGUGGGUCUUCAUUUCUGA